AUGUCCACGAUGGAGCGCCAUUCGACUUCCGUAACGCCUGUUGCUCGGCAACCCAGCCUGGACGACAUGAACCUGGAUCAGUUCCUAAAGAUAUCAAACUACGAGGACACCGUGAAGCAGUUGGACAUUUAUUACGGGAUCGUGAAGCGGCAGCUUCUUCAAUUUCAAAGCCCGAUCACCGGUCUGUUCCCGGUUCUCAGCACGGAUCGUGAGGUAGGCAGUAUACGAGACAGCGUGUACUGUGCCGCCGCUAUCUGGAGCCUUUAUCAGGCGUACCGGAGAAUCGACGAUGACCGAGGCAAAAGUUACGAGCUGGGACAAUCGGCUGUUAAAUGUAUGCGAGGCAUAUUAGAGUGCUGGAUUAAACAGGCCCAUCGGGUGGAAAAGUUCAAGUCACGCCAGUGCGCAGUGAAUGCAUUGCACUGCAAGUUUCACCUCGACACGGGCGAGGAAAUCUACUCCGACGAAAAUUUCAACCAUCUGCAGAUCGAUGUAGUGUCGAUUUAUCUCAUUUUUCUGGUGCAAAUGAUAACGUCCGGGUUGCAGAUAAUUUACACUCAGGAUGAGGUUGCGUUCGUGCAAAAUCUCGUGUACUACGUCGAGCGUGCGUAUCGAACGCCGGACUUUGGCAUGUGGGAACGAGGAUCAAAGUACAACGAUGGCACGCCGGAAAUUCAUGCUUCCUCAAUUGGCAUGGCAAAAUCAGCCCUAGAAGCUAUCAACGGGUGUAAUCUGUUCGGCGAGAAGGGUGCCUCGUGGAGCGUCGUGUACGUGGAUAUUGACGCGCACAAUCGUAACCGCAGCAUCUUCGAGACAAUGCUGCCACGAGAAUCGAGUUCAAAAGGUGUGGACGCAUCGCUGCUACCGACGCUUUCGUUUCCCGCGUUCGCUUCCCACGAAGAACGGUUGGUGGACAUGAGCAAGUUGAAUGUUGUGCGGCGACUCAAGGGAAAGAAGGGUUUCAAACGGUUCAGUCGGGAUGGAUACUUAUCGAGGCUAGAGGACAAAACACGACGGUACUACCACAAGGGAGAAAUUAAAGACUUUGAGGGGUACGAGUGCGAGUGGCCAAUGUUCUACACGUAUAUGAUCAUCGACGGAGUGUUUAAAAACAAUCUGGAACAGAUCGAAGAGUAUCAGAUGGAACUGCGAAAGUGUAUGCACUCGGAUAACAACGGCGAUCCAGUCGUAUCGAUGUGCUACGCACCGGAUGGAGAUGGAAUGUACACACGGGCCUCUUCGCAGUCUCUUUUUUUGUGGGGCCAAUCGGUGUUCAUUAUCGCACAACUACUCACGGCUGGUUUGUUGCACAUUAACGAGCUGGAUCCGAUCCGGCGAUAUCUACCAUCUUACAACCGACCACGAAAAGGAGGACGUUAUUCGGCUUUCCAGGCAAAACCGGGAAUUCGUACCAAAAUCGGAAGUGCACUCGCCAUGAAUCGUCCAGUAACACCUCCGAUCAUUGAGGAGCGACAGGAUCAGAUAUCGAAUACAUCCACUGAGCCAUCGCGAGGUACAGCAACGGAUCUUGUGGUGCAAAUCGUGCUGAUCGCCGAAUCGAUGCGCCUUCAGGCUAUGAUGGCAACUUAUGGCAUUCAAACGCAAACUCCUCACGAGGUUGAACCUGUUCAAAUUUGGUCCUCGACGCAGCUCAUCAACGUGUACCAGCAGUUGGGUGUAAAUGAUAAGAUUGGACUCACCGGUCGUCCUCCACGCCCAGUCGGAUCGCUCGGUACGAGCAAGGUGUACCGUAUAUGCGGUAUGACCGUCCUGUGCUAUCCGCUCAUUUUCGAAGUGUCCGAUUUCUACCUGUACCGCGACAUGGCGCUGCUGAUCGACGAUAUCAAAACGGAGCUGCAAUUCGUCGGUAAAUACUGGCGGCUAUCCGGACGACCUACCGUGUGCCUGCUGAUCCGCGAGGAGCAUAUGCGCGAUCCGCAGUUCAAGGAGAUGAUUGAUCUGUUGGCCAUGCUGAAGAAGGGCUACUGUGACGAUAUGAAGGUUCGCAUUGGUCGGCUGCAGAAUCUAAUUUCGAGCUCCUGCAUUGAGCAUCUCGACUUCAUGUCCACCUCGGACCUGCCGGACGUCGGAGAUACGGCGUUCGCGCAGAUACACCACGACUACAUCGGCUACCAAAGCUUAACGGAUGUGCCGCGGGCACAAUCAUACCGGGAAAAAAAGAUAACGGCCGCCGAUUAUUCAACCCGCUCAACACCGGACAUCCUCGAGGCGCUGCGAAACACGGAGUCCAUAUUCCUGCAAUGCCAACUGCUCGGUAUUAUCCUGCAUCGUGAGGGCGCACACUACGAGCUGGCAGGCGAGUCGGUACACGUGCGGCUUACUGAUCUUUACUAUCGCGCUGGUACGUUGCGGUAUUGGCGUGCGGUUCGCUACUGUAGUUCGUUGCUACGGCACAUUGUGGAUUCAAUUUCACCCUUCAUCACGACGUUGCUUGUCAACGGCAAGCAAAUCACGGUCGGUGUAAUUGGGCAGCGGGAGACGAUCUUCGACAAACCGAUGACACCCUCUGAGAUCCAAAAUGUGAUGUACUCGACCGUACAACCCUACGACGUGGUACACGCGGUGCUGCAGCAGGAGGUGGUGCUUUACUGCGGUCGGUUGAUCGCAACCAAUCCCGACAUCUUCAAGGGCAUACUGAAAAUUCGCGUCGGUUGGGUGCUGGAAGCGAUGCGACACUAUCUCACGAUGAAAGGAGACGAAGGCGCGGACAUCGAAAAUUUGUCGCCCUUCCAAAUUCGUCAGCUGCUACAACGAGUGCUCACCGUGAGUCAGUGGGCGAAUGAAGAUCAUUUCAGCACGCUGCAGCGACGUCAGCUGGAAGGAUGCUUGUGCCGAGUGCCAAGCUCUUUCUACAAUCUGGUCUGGGACGUACUGGAACGUACGCCGCACGGUAUCACCGUACAGGGCCACAACUUGCCCGCCAUGCCGACGCUAACGAACAAGAGCCGCAGUGAGCUGUCGUUCUCGCUGCAAGUCGAGGAAAUGUUGCACCAAAUCACGCAACCCGAGCGACGCCAAAUUGCCGUUGAGCUGCUGUGUAUCGUAGCCACGAUCUUGAGCCGCAAUCCAGAGCUACGCUUCCAGCAAGUGUUGGAUCUGGAUCUGCUUCUAGAAGACUCGUUCACGAUGUACUGCAAGGACCACAACCUGCAGCCGACCAAGGACAUUUCUCCACUGUUUUCGCUCUCGUACUCGCAAACUACUGGCUAUUUGGCCCGAGCCGCUGUGAAUAGCGUGCUGCAGCGGUGCGCGCUUUCGACGGAAGAUUUUGCCGAUGACGUCGAAGAUCACUGUCGCGUGCAGUAAAACAGAAAGUGCUUAAUAGAAACUGUGUUUUGCCUUCGUGGCAAAAGCAACUGUUUUAAACGCUAGUUUUGUGUUGCCACCUUUAGUAGGAUUUUGCUAUAACGAACUUGUUGAUGUUGUUUUUUAAUGCGAUCGACGAACAGCCCUUAAACUAGAAGCAAUGCUAGCCCAAUAAUAUUGCCGUUAACCAUCCCGACACAGAGCGCGGGGCAGAUUAUCUUUAUUGUAAUCUCUCGUUAUUGCAUGACAAAUAAUGAAGCAAUAAAUUUUACGCAAUCAU